AUGCCUUUGAUGUUGUAUAAAAAGUACUUGGCAAAAUGUCCUAACGAAGCCAUCGAGAUAGAUACAUUCUACGUAAGUACACGUCAAAAAUAUGAGGAAGACGAUCCAGGUAUAGGUUUACUUCUGAUUUUAUGAGUGAAUGAGAAGUUUUUAAUGAGGUUAGUGUUCAUUUUACUUUGCAUAAAACUUUGUUAAUUUAUUCUAUAGACUUAUGUUAUAUUUAAGAAUGCUUUACAUCAAAUCCUGUGGGGCAUAACGUACUUGAACAGACGGUUCGAAAUCUGUGUAAAAAACCUGGAAUUGACGGAAACUUCACUAAUCAUAGUUUAAGAGCGACUACUGUCACUCACGGCUUGGAAAAAGGUGUUCCAGAAAAGUUAAUGAUGGCUCGCACUGGACAUAGAGAUCGUAGGUCGUUGUUAACGUAUCAAAGACCAGGUGUGUCGGCCAAGCAGGCCGUUUCAAAUUCGUUUGAAUGUGGAGGUCCUUCGUUCGUCGAUAUGACUAGAAAUGGAGUGAAGAGAAAGUGUGACAUUGUUGAAUCGGUCAUGGAGAAUGCUGGCGGGGAGAAAUGUAGAGAAGCAAGUGCAAAGAUUGUGAAAAUCGAAAUUAAUAAUUGUAGCGGUUGUGCGUUUAACUGGUCGUGA